AUGGGCGAUAACACUUGUGCACAUCGGUCGAAACGCUGUCAGUGGCUGCCACUUCUGGGCAGCGAGCCCAACUUGCCUGUCACGUCGGCGGCGCGGGCGGCGGGGCCCUCGGAGACGGCGCUGCAGGCGGCGGCGGCGGGCAUCACGUCGGUGGCGGACGCGGCGGGGGCGGCGAACGGCGUGGUGGCGGCCGUGGUGGACGGGUCGCGCGCCGCCAGCGACGCCCUACGCACCGCAGUCGAGGUGGCCGCGCAGCUCCUCCAAGUGCCCCCGGUCGCUCUGGGGCAGCGCGACCCGCCCCCCGACCCGCAGCCCGUGUACGUCUACGCGCCCCCGCCCGCCACCACCCCGCCUCACGGGGGCGGGGGCGGACUGCUGGCGUCGCUGUUCGGCCGCUGA